AUGCAGGAGAUAGCGAUGGUGUGGGUACUAGAGGAGCUGCUGAUGGCAGAGGAGGAGACGGAGAUGGAGCAGGAGACAGAGCAGGAGGAAGAGACUGAGCAGGAGGAAGAGACUGAGCAGGACAAGAAGGAGCAAGCGGAAGGGGCGCAAGAGGAGGGGGCGGUGGUGACGGCAACACUGGACAGAGAACCCAUUGUUGGAAGUGCUAAGUUUGAUGGAGAAUGGAUGGAUGGCUGCUGGAGCAAGUCUGGCUGGGGCCGACCCUCAGCUCGAGCCUCGAACAGCGGAAAUAGUGCAAAAGAGGAAAAAUCUGGAUCUACAUUUGUUCCACUGGAAGAGUGUCUGGCGUUGGGCGUAGUAGCGAAGCUCCGAGUCAUCCUGUGA